AUGCAUCGCCUCCCCCCGGGCCCCGGCGCUCCCCGCACGGGCCCCGGCCCUCGGCACGGCCCCGGGCCCCGUCCAACGGCUCGGUACCUGCGCGGGGCUCGGGGCUCGGCGCUGCCCCGCCGCUCCCCGGCAACCGCCGCCACCACGGCCGGGCCGCCGCACUACGGGCCCCAGCGCGCCCCGCGCCGCUCCGCCCCGCCCCGCCGCGCCGCCUUCCCCGCGCCCCAGAGCCGCGGACACACCGGCGAUGGGCUGUCACCAUCGCCGCACACAGCCGCGGGACAGCUCUGCCGUGUCCAGGCGAGCGCCCAGCAAAGGCAGCCCCAGCUCGAUGGCUGGCGGAUGUUCCAUAGGUUCCAGAGCCGCGGUCCGUGUCGGGCAGCAGCCGCCUCCGUCCAGGCAGGAGGCACCGCCUGCUCCUCCCACGGCUCCUGGGCCAGGCCUGUGGGCAGGCGCGACUACAGAUUCCCCAUGUUCUAUCAGGAACAGGCCCUCAUUCCCGCAGUUCCCCUCCCGGCGUUACCUGACGGCGCUUGGGGCCCGGGCCCGCCCUCAGAGCGGCCGGCGGGCGCCGGGCGGACGCUGCGGGCGCUGAUUGGCUGCGGCAGUGACAGCCGAGUGCUGAUUGGCUGGCUGAUGGCGCCGCCGUGGCCCUUGCCCUGA